AUGCACAGCGCGCACAGGAGAAGAGCGCUCCACGGGAGUCUGCUCCUCUGUGAGCCCGCCUCCCCCGCCCUCCCCCCGCCCUCCCCCGCCUCCCCCCGCCCUCACCCGCCUCCCCCCGCCCUCACCCGCCUCCCCCCGCCCUCACCCGCCUCCCCCGCCCUCCCCCCGCCCUCCCCCGCCUCCCCCCGCCCUCACCCGCCUCCCCCCGCCCUCACCCGCCUCCCCCCACCCUCCCCCGCCCUCCCCCCGCCCUCACCCGCCUCCCCCCCACCCUCCCCCGCCCUCCCCCCCCCCUCACCCGCCUCCCCCCCCCCUCACCCGCCUCCCCCCCCCCCCUCCCCCCGCCCUCACCCGCCUCCCCCCGCCCUCACCCGCCUCCCCCCACCCUCCCCCGCCCUCCCCCCGCCCUCACCCGCCUCCCCCCACCCUUCCCCGCCCCUCCCCCCGCCCUCACCCGCCUCCCCCCGCCCUCCCCCCGCCCUCACCCGCCUCCCCCCGCCCUCACCCGCCCCCCCCACCCUCACCCGCCUCCCCCCGCCCUCACCCGCCUCCCCCCGCCCUCACCCGCCUCCCCCCACCCUUCCCCGCCCUCCCCCCGCCCUCACCCGCCUCCCCUCGUCCUCCCCCCGCCCUCACCCGCCUCCCCCCCCCUCACCCGCCUCCCCCACCCUCACCCGCCUCCCCCCGCCCUCACCCGCCUCCCCCCGCCCUCACCCGCCUCCCCCCGCCCGCACGCUGACAGAACCUACAGAGAACCUGACAGAGAACCUGACAGAGAACCUGACAGAGAACCUGACAGAGGACCUGACAGAGAACCUGACAGAGAACCUGACAGAGAACCUGACAGAGAACCUGACAGAGAACCUGACAGAGAACCUGACAGAGAACCUGACUGAGAACCUGACUGAGAACCUGACAGAGAACCUGACAGAGAACCUACAGAGAACCUACAGAGAACCUACAGAGAACCUACAGUUUUCAUAA